AUGGAGUACAGGCCCCCAGCAUCACUGCUUGUAGACCCUCAGGAAAGGGUGCCCAAGGUGCCUUCCAGGGAGCUGGCGUCCGGCACGCGGAGCAACUUCAGCGUUGUCAGGACCUUCGUGCUGCUGGGCUUCUCCCACCUCCAGGAGCUGCAGGCAGCCCUGUUUGCCUUUAUCCUGCCCAUCUACGUGCUGACGGUGCUGGGGAACCUGGCCAUUGUCACCCUCACAUGCCUGGAUGGCCGGCUCCACUCACCCAUGUAUUUCUUCCUCUGCAACUUCUCCCUGAUGGAGGUGCUCGUCACCUCCACGGUGGUGCCCAGGAUGCUGGCUGACCUGCUGGCAGCACACAAGACCAUGUCGCUGGCAGAGUGCCUGACGCAGUCCUUCUUCUACUUCUCCCUCGGCUCCACCAACUUCCUGAUCCUCACAGUGAUGGCCUACGACCGCUACGUGGCCAUCUGCCGCCCCCUGCACUACCCCACCAUCAUGAGUGGCCGGGUCUGUGUGAAGCUGGUGGUGGCCUGCUGGGUGGUGGGCUUCCUCUCCAUCGUCUCCCCAACCCUGCAGAAGACUCGGCUCUGGUUCUGUGGGCCCAACGUCAUUGACCACUACUUCUGUGACUCAGCUCCGCUGCUCCGGCUGUCCUGUUCAGACACCCGCCACAUCGAGCUCGUGGACUUCUUCCUGUCGUUGCUGUUCGUGUUGACCACCGUGCUCCUCAUCCUGGCCUCCUACGUGCGCAUCGUGGCUGCGGUGCUGCGGAUCCCCUCAGCCUCGGGCCGCCGGAAGGCCUUCUCCACCUGUGCCUCCCACCUCACCGUGGUGGUGCUGGGCUACGGCAGCACCAUCUUCAUCUACGUGCGCCCUGGCAAGAGCCACUCCACGCACCUCAACAAGGUGGUGGCCCUGAUGACUGCAGUGGUGACCCCUUUUCUUAACCCCUUCAUCUUUACCUUCAGGAAUGAGAAGGUCAAGGAGGUUAUCGAGGAUCUGGCCAAAAGAAUCCUCCUUGGAAGCUCAGCAGGCGGCAGGUGA